UAUAUCAACGUCCACUUGGGGGUCAUCCUCUGCCCCUUUACCUAUUACCGGCCGUGUUUUUUUCCGGUUACCGAAUCUUCCCCAAUUGUUGCGAUUGCCCAUCGGAAAGCGAUCGGAGAGGGAGGCGAAAGCGGAGGAUGAAAUUCGGGAAGAGUCUGAGCAACCAGAUCGAGGAGACUCUGCCGGAGUGGCGAGACAAGUUCCUGUCGUACAAGGAGCUGAAGAAGCGGCUCAAGCUGAUCGACCCCAAGGGUGGGGACAGGGCCAAGAGGCCCAGGCUCUGCGAGGAUGCGGAGGAGACAGGCGCUGGGGAAGUGACUGCCAUGACUCCCGAGGAGAGGGACUUCGUAUGCCUGCUGGACGAGGAAAUCGAGAAGUUCAAUGCCUUCUUCGUUGAGAAGGAGGAGGAGUACAUUAUUAGACAGAAGUUGCUACAAGAAAGAGUAGAGAAGGUAAAAGACUCAAAAGAAGAAACAAUAAAACUGAGGAAAGAGAUCGUUGAUUUUCAUGGAGAAAUGGUCCUUUUGGAGAACUAUAGUUCUCUAAACUAUACAGGGCUGGUGAAGAUCCUGAAGAAAUAUGAUAAAAGGACUGGUGCUCUCAUGCGACUGCCCUUCAUUCAGAGGGUCUUGUGCCAACCGUUUUUUAGCACCGACCUCCUGUAUAAGCUUAUAAAAGAGUGUGAGAGAAUGCUUGACCAGCUUUUCCCAGCAGAAGAGCCUACCGUUUCAGGUGCUGCAGGUGGUUGUGAAAGUGAUCCUGAAGAGAGGAAAGAAGAGGGCAGCAAGCCUGUUUUGAAAGAGGCCCCUGAGCUGGAGGAGAUAGAGUACAUGGAAAGCCUUUACAUGAAGAGUACAAUGUCUGCAUUGCGAGUUUUGAAAGAAAUACGAAGUGGCAGUUCCACCGUUAGUGUCUUCUCCUUGCCUCCAAUACAGACUGCAGGGGCAGAGGAAACUUGGAGUAAAAUACCCCAUCUUGAACAGAUUAAGGUAGCAAAAUAGAAGAAGAAGCUGUGAAAACUUAAUAUGCUGUACAUUAGUUUAAUCCGAAUGGUUGGACCGUUGGAUGUUUGCCAGCUACGGGUCUCACAAAAGCAAGAUAAAAUGACUAUAAGGAUGUAUUUUGAUACUCACAAAUCCAUAUUUUACUUUCCUUCUCCUUUGUCCUAAUAAUGGAUAAUCCUUCUUGUUUGACUCGUAAAUCUUCCUCUUUGGACUCUCUUGCAGCCUUUUCUUUUGUAAGUUUUAGAGCCAGAGUUUCCAUGGCAAUCUGAAACUUAUUAUCUCCUUAAUGGUAUUCAAUUUUGAAACUUAUGACACACUUCAAGCCCUACAAACCCUUGCAUGUACUUUGCAGAAGAUAGUCAUGAGUUUCACUCUGCUUUCCUUUACCAGAUUUGUUUCAAUCCCAGCAAACAUUUUCUCUCCUGUUGAAGAAUAUCCACACUUUUGAAAAGCCUCUGCUAGUCUGACACCACGGAAGUUCUUUGCUCAAGUCUCGGCAGACGAGGUGAUUCUAGCAGGAACAUGAUGUUUUGUAAUUUUGGAAUUUAGUAUUCAAGCAUAAUUUACUGUUUUGCUA